AUGGUGCCGGGGGUCGGGUGGCCGGUGAGUUACGUGCUGCUGUGCGGGCAAGCAGCGCUGCUGCUGGGGAACCUGCUGCUGCUGCAGGGCGUGUCCCGGAGCCACCAGCACAACGCGACCGGGGCGGAGAGCGGGGACCCCGGGGAGGCCGAGCCCGACCAGCCCGCGGGCAGCCCGGCCCCCGCCUGUGACUACGGGGACCCGCAGGCGCCACUUGUGCUCUGCACCUACCUGCCAGAAGAGUUCAUUGAAUGUGAGGAUCCAGUAGACCAUGUCGGAAAUAUUACUGCACAGCGAGAAUUAGGUUAUGGAUGUGUUAAGUUUGGUGGCCAAGCCUAUAGCGACGUAGACCACACUCCAGUGCAGUGCAAAGCACUAGAUGGUAUUGAGUGUGCAGAGCCUCGGACUUUUCUACGAGGGAAUAAACCAUGUAUAAAGUACACUGGCCACUACUUUAUAACCACUUUACUCUACUCCUUCUUCCUGGGUUGUUUUGGAGUGGAUCGAUUCUGUCUGGGCCAUACAGGGACAGCAGUGGGAAAACUACUAACUCUUGGAGGACUUGGUAUCUGGUGGUUUGUUGACCUUAUUCUCCUUAUUACUGGAGGGUUGAUGCCUAGUGAUGGCAGCAACUGGUGCACGACUUACUGAACAGAAAAAAAUACUAUUUGAGAAUUGACAGCAGGAGAAGUUAAUGUGGCAUCUGUCCCUGUAUGACUGGAUACAGCCUGUUUUUUGGAAAAAAAAUUUUUUGGGGGGUAUAAAUAUAUUCUGGAUUUGCAUAGUGAAUGCAGUUGCAGAACAAUGCUAUGCCUAACUUCUUUGUACAUACCUCAAAUUUCAUUUACAAAUAAACUACUCACUGUAUAUUCUUCCUAUUCUCCAGAAUAACAGAUUUGACAUGGC